UUCCCACGCGCACGCUGCGUUCUCUUCCGGGCGGGUGGCAUGGCAGAGCCGGCUAGCGAAUUCGUGACGCCCACCCGCUGGUUUUCGGCCCCCGAGCCGACCCCCAGGUUGGGGCUUCCGAGCGACACUGCCCCGCUGCCGGGCAAUUGGAUGCUCUGGGCGAUGUUGCCGCCGCCACCACCGCCUUCGUCGUUGCCUCCCGCCGCAGGGUCAGCGCCUUCCUCCGAGGCGCAGCCCCCCAAGGAGACCCAGGCGCCUCCCGGCUUCGACGCCCAGAUUCUUCCCGGAGCGCAGCCCCACUUCGACAUCCAGUCCCGCCUCGAUUCUCAGCCUCAAAUCAACGGCCAGCCUUCCUGGAAUUUCCAGGCUUCGACAUCGUGGUACUGGAGACAGUCUCCUGGCAGAUUUCCUCUGCAUCAGAAGUCCCACAACCCUGCGGUUAAACAUUCUUAUUUUCCACGAAAAUGUGAUGCAAAGUUCACUGACUUCAACUUCCCUCCCAGUAAAAAACAGAAAAAAAAGAAAAGAAAAGAACCAGUUUUUCACUGUUUUUGUGAUACUUGUGAUCGUGGUUUUAAAAAUCAAGAAAAGUAUGACAAACAUAUGUCCGAACAUACGAAAUGUCCUGAAGCAGAUUGCUCUUUCAGUGCACAUGAGAAGAUUGUCUCUUUACAUUGGAGAAAUAUGCACGCUCCUGGUAUGAAGAAGAUCAAGUUAGACACUCCGGAGGAGAUUGCAAGAUGGAGGGAAGAAAGAAGAAAGAACUACCCAACUCUGGCCAAUAUCGAAAGGAAGAAAAAGUUAAAACUUGAAAAGGAGAAGAGAGGCGCGGUGCUGACGACGACACAGUAUGGCAAAAUGAAGGGGAUGUCUAGACAUUCACAGAUGGCAAAGAUCAGAAGUCCUGGCAGACAUCACAAAUGGAAAAAUGACCGUGCUGGACAGAGAGCAGCCUUUGGGUCAGACAGUCGCUUGUGUGAUUCGAAGCCUGACGGCCCACCGGAGGCUACCGCAGACCCUCUGGGUGUUCUGGUGAACACCGAUUCCGAGUCUGAUAAAGAGGAGAAACCGCAUAGCACUGUCAUACCCAAGGAAGUGACACCAGCCCUGUGCUCGCUGAUGAGCAGCUAUGGCAGUCUGUCAGGCUCAGAGAGCGAGCCGGAAGAAGUUCGCAUUAAGACCGAAGCAGACGUUCUGGCAGAAGACCGGGUCCUUCAUAGCCACGCUCCUCAGAGACCAAGUCAGGACGCGAAAGCCACCGUUAGAAGUUUCUCAGAGGCCAAGUGUGAGAGCCAGAAGGGCUUUAAAAAGACAAACCCUAAGAGGAAAAAAGGUCCUCACAACUAUCAUACAUUAUUCGAGCCCAGAACACACCACCCGUACCUCCUGGAAAUGCUUUUAGCUCCAGACAUUCGACAUGAAAGAAAUGUGAUUUUGCAGUGUGUUCGGUACAUCAUCAAGAAAGACUUUUUUGGACUUAAUACUAAUUCUAUGAAAACUGAAGAUGUAUAGGAGUGCGUUUGUUUCAGCAGUCAAAAUUGAAGCAUUUAAAAUAUGGCCGUUCUCAAGUUAGUGGAGGAAAACGUUUUUUAUUUUUUUUUAAACUGGAUUAAUAAAUAAAUUGUAAGCCUCAUGUGAUAAUGUUUGAUUUCCAUGUCAUUGAAUCUAUGCAAAUAAAUACAUAACUGAUUUUUAA